AUGGAGCAAGAGAAAGAUAGAAAAUAUAGAGGAAGAACAGGAGAGGAGGAGGCACAGAAAGAAAAGAAAGUUAUCUGCUGGGACAUCGAGGCAAUAGAAAGUUUUAUUGCAAAUACGGAAGAAAUAGGCUGGACGGAAGAGCAGGAGGAGAUGAGUCUAGAUUUUACAUGGAAGAAACUAAAAGAGCUAGUAGAUAAGGCAAUGAUAAAAAAAGAUAUUAGGAUCAAAACGAAAAGAAUAGGAUUCAAGGAAUGGUGGGACAGAAGUUGCACAAAGAUGAAAAGGGAUACCAAGAGAAGCUAUAAGAAAUGGAAAAGUGAUAAAAUAACGAGGAAAGAAUACUUAGAACAGAAGAAGGAAUGGAGAAGGUACAUGGAAAAGAAAAAAAAGAGAAAAGAGAAGAAGAAGAGAAAACACUGA